ACAUUGACAUAUGCGAUGACAGUUCGUUUAUUAAACUAAUGUCAAAUUGUGUAUUAUUUUCAUGUCCCAAUAACAAUAAAUCAAAGGGAUGAGUUACACGGAAAAGCACGACAUGAUGUCAAGGGACGAGUGGAUGGCCCUUCUUGAGGAGAACGAGAUCGGUCGAGGCCAGAUGAACAAACUCAUCAUGAAUUAUCUGGUGACAGAAGGAUUCAAGGAAGCCGCCGAGAAGUUCCAACAGGAGUCGGGCGUCGUCCCAGCUGUAGAUUUGCAUUCUUUGGACGAUAGAAUCAGUAUUAGGGACGCUAUAAUGAACGGCAAGAUCCAAGAAGCGACGGCUCUAAUCAACCAACUCCAUCCAGAAUUGCUAGAUAACGACAGAUAUUUGUACUUUCACCUCCAGCAACAACAUCUGAUCGAGUUGAUUAGGAGUAAUCGGGUCGAGGAGGCUCUAGCCUUCGCUCAAAGCCACCUCAGCGAGGCUGGAGAGGACGACCCCUCGGUUUUGCAGGAGUUGGAACGGACAGUAGCCCUUUUGGCGUUCGAAGACCCCUUGAAUAGCCCUUUCGGCGACUUGUUGGCCCCUUCUCACAGACAAAAGAUUGCGAGUGAGGUAAAUGCAGCGAUUUUGAAAAUGGAACACCAAGAAACAACGGCUUCGAAAAUCUCAACGCUACUUAAGUUAGUUCUUUGGGCACAAGAUAAGUUAAAUAAGAAGAAUGUCAGAUAUCCCAAAAUGACGGAUUUGGCCACUGCUAUGAUUGAAGACCCGAAGAUUUAAGACCAGUUUUGUUACAGUAGAUUUUACUUAAAUUAUUCAGCUACUACAUCAUUAGGUGUCAAUUGUGAUCACAGUUAGAGUUUUUUUGUAAAUUUGUAUACUAAUUAUAAAUAAAUAAAGGAAAAACAUCAAUUGA